AUGCUGCAGAGAAGAAGGUACUACACACAGGCUGUGAGAAAGAAAGUAGGCGGAGGAUGGGAUCCCACGUAUACAAAGAGAAGCUUUUUCCCAUAUUGGAGAUCAGUGUUACAAGCUCGGGUUCCUUUGAAGGUGUAUCCAGCCCAUGCAAGCUCAGAUCCUAGGUCUCGUGUUAACCAUGGACAACUCCAUGUCUCUCUGAGUAACUCAAUAGCCAAUGGAUCUACAACAACUCCAAAUCAUAAACUUGGUCCAGUGCGAAGAACCUCGCCACUUACAAGCAAUAAUCAACCCAGAAGGUGCUUUGUCACUGCUGCUACUGGUGCAUUCAGGCUCUUGAAGGUGCUAAAGUAG